AUGUACAGCAUGAUGAUGGAGACCGACCUGCACUCGCCCGGCGGCGCCCAGGCCCCCACGAACCUGUCGGGCCCGGCCGGGGCGGGCGGGGGCGGCGGUGGCGGCGGCGGCGCGGGAGCCAAGGCCAACCAGGACCGGGUGAAGCGGCCCAUGAACGCCUUCAUGGUGUGGUCCCGCGGACAGCGGCGCAAGAUGGCCCAGGAGAACCCCAAGAUGCACAACUCGGAGAUCAGCAAGCGCCUGGGCGCCGAGUGGAAGGUCAUGUCCGAAGCCGAGAAGCGGCCUUUCAUCGACGAGGCCAAGCGGCUGCGCGCGCUGCACAUGAAGGAGCACCCGGACUACAAGUACCGGCCGCGCCGCAAGACCAAGACGCUGCUCAAGAAGGACAAGUACUCGCUGGCCGGCGGGCUGCUGGCGGCAGGCGCGGGCGGCGGCGGCGCGGCCGUGGCCAUGGGCGUGGGCGUGGGCGCGGCGGCCGUGGGCCAGCGCCUCGAGAGCCCGGGCGGCGCGGCGGCCGGCGGCUACGCGCACGUCAACGGCUGGGCCAACGGCGCCUACCCCGGCUCGGUGGCGGCGGCGGCGGCGGCCGCGGCCAUGAUGCAGGAGGCGCAGCUGGCCUACGGGCAACAUCCGGGCGCGGGCGGCGCGCACCCGCACGCGCACCCGGCGCACCCGCACCCGCACCACCCGCACGCGCACCCGCACAACCCGCAGCCCAUGCACCGCUACGACAUGGGCGCGCUGCAGUACAGCCCCAUCUCCAACUCGCAGGGCUACAUGAGCGCCUCGCCCUCGGGCUACGGCGGCCUCCCCUACGGCGCCGCGGCCGCCGCCGCCGCCGCCGCGGGCGGCGCGCACCAGAACUCGGCCGUGGCGGCGGCGGCGGCGGCGGCGGCCGCGUCGUCGGGCGCCCUGGGCGCGCUCGGCUCGCUCGUCAAGUCGGAGCCGAGCGGCAGCCCUCCGGCCCCGGCGCACUCGCGGGCGCCGUGCCCCGGGGAUCUGCGCGAGAUGAUCAGCAUGUACUUGCCGGCCGGCGAGGGCGGCGACCCGGCGGCGGCGGCCGCAGCCGCGGCGCAGAGCCGGCUGCACUCGCUGCCGCAGCACUACCAGGGCGCGGGCGCGGGCGUCAACGGCACGGUGCCCCUGACGCACAUCUAG